AACGGGAAGAUCGAGGGGAACAGAUGAAUAACUGACCAUGACUACAGAAUCUGGAUCCGACUCUGAAUCUAAGGAUCAGGAUCAAGAGCAGAAAGAGGCAUCUGGUCAACAAGGAACCACGGGGACUGGGACUCAAAAACAGCAGCAGCAACUCAGUGAAGAACAGCAGAAUGAAUUAGAACAAUUCUCUGCUGUAGCAGCACAUAGCACUCCAGUAAAAAAGGAACAGGCUACUGACAAAGAACGUGAAUUUGCUGCUGCAGCAGCAAAACAACUGGAAUAUCAGCAGUUUGAAGACGACAAGCUGUCUCAGAAAUCAUCCUCAAGUAAACACUCUAGAUCUCCUCUGAAGAUAGUGAAAAAACCAAAAAGUAUGCAGUGCAAAGUGACCCUCUUGGAUGGCUCAGAAUAUGGCUGUGAAGUGGAGAAACGCUCAAAGGGUCAGGUGCUGUUUGACAAAGUGUGUGAGCACCUUAAUCUCUUGGAGAAGGACUACUUUGGGCUAACAUACAGAGACAUGGAAAACCAAAAGAACUGGUUGGAUCCAGCAAAGGAAAUAAAGAAGCAAAUCCGAAGUGGUGCUUGGCAGUUCUCAUUUAAUGUGAAAUUCUACCCUCCUGAUCCUGCCCAGCUUUCGGAAGAUAUCACCAGGUACUACCUGUGCUUGCAGUUGAGAGAUGACAUAGUUUCUGGACGGCUGCCUUGCUCUUUUGUUACACUAGCGCUGCUGGGCUCCUAUACAGUUCAGUCAGAACUUGGAGAUUAUGAUCCAGAGGAAUAUGGAAGUGAUUAUGUCAGUGAUUUUCGCUUUGCACCAAACCAUACUAAAGAACUGGAAGACAAAGUAAUAGAGCUUCACAAAAGCCACAGGGGAAUGACACCUGCAGAAGCUGAGAUGCAUUUCCUGGAGAAUGCCAAAAAACUGUCCAUGUAUGGAGUAGAUCUACACCAUGCCAAGGAUUCUGAAGGAGUUGAAAUCAUGUUAGGUGUUUGUGCAAGUGGUCUUUUGAUAUACCGUGACAGACUCAGAAUAAACAGGUUUGCCUGGCCUAAGGUUCUCAAAAUUUCAUACAAGAGGAACAACUUCUACAUCAAAAUCCGACCAGGGGAGUUUGAGCAGUUUGAAAGCACUAUUGGUUUUAAAUUACCAAAUCAUCGUGCUGCAAAACGUCUGUGGAAAGUUUGUGUUGAACAUCAUACGUUUUUCAGGCUCUUGCUACCCGAAGCCCCUCCCAAAAAAUUCCUUACGCUGGGUUCCAAGUUUCGUUACAGUGGGAGGACACAGGCCCAAACGAGGAGAGCCAGUGCAUUGAUAGACCGCCCAGCACCUUAUUUUGAGCGUUCUUCAAGCAAACGCUAUACUAUGUCUCGCAGCCUAGAUGGGGCAUCAGUGAAUGAAAACCAUGAAAUGUACAUGAAGGAUUCUAUGUCUGCUGCAGAGGUUGGUACUGGCCAGUAUGCCACAACAAAGGGCAUCUCUCAAACCAACUUGAUAACCACUGUGACUCCAGAGAAAAAGGCAGAAGAAGAGAAGGAUGAGGAACAGAGUAAAAAAAAGAAAGAGGAAGUCACUCCGGUCUCAGCAGUACGACAUGAUACCAAGACUGACAGUGAAAGGACAGAUACUGCUGCUGAUGGUGAAACUACUGCCACAGAGUCAGACCAAGAGGAAGAUGGUGAUCUCAAGGCACAGAGUAGUCUGAUUAAGCGCAUAAAGGGUGAAAAUGUGUAUGUCAAACAUAGUAAUCUUAUGUUAGAGGAACUAGAUAAAAACCAAGAAGACCUGAUGAAACAUCAGACAAAUAUAAGUGAGCUGAAGCGGACGUUCUUGGAAACCUCCACAGAUAUCUCAGGGACCAAUGAAUGGGAAAAGAGGCUUUCUACAUCACCAGUCCGGCUUGCUGCAAGACAAGAGGAAGCGCCUAUGAUUGAACCACUUGUGCCUGAAGAAACCAAAGAAGAAAGAGAAAAAUCUGAAAAACGUAUAUUUUUGCAGGAGAGCACUACAUACCUUGAUUCUCAGGGCACUGAGGAUUGGGUUAUUGUAGACAAAGUACCCACUGAGGUAGUUGAUGGUGAAUCGAAAUCCAUUGUGACAUACAAAGUAAUGACUGUGAGCGGUAAAACUGGUGACAUCCCAGCCAAGCUUUUAAAACCCACUGCCACUGAUAUACAGACCUUUGAGGACUUGGAAGGUGAAUUGCAGUUGAAAGAUGACAAUAAGCAGAAAAUGUACACUGUAGGAAAAUCGUACGAUACCAUUUCUGGGAAAAUUGUAACCAUGACCACUAAAGUAAAAGAGGGAGAAAAAUGCGUGCCAUCGUCACUUGAAGCAUUACAAAAAACAGAAAGGGCUAUACUAGAAUCUGUGAAAAUCAUUCCUGUAGUAGCAGAGUAUGAAAUUCUAGAACCGAUCACAGAUGGAAACGCCCGAAGGUUGUCUGAUGCAAAAAGAAGGGUAUCAGAAUCAUUGACUCCCAUUAAAGAGGCAGAUUCCCGGCUGCAGAGUCCUGAAGAGGAAAGUUUGAAGAAGACCCAGAAAACAGAUCAGGAUUUGCGCCUGCAUGACACACUGGGAAGCGUGCAGAUGACCAGAGCUGAAAAACCUCUGGACAGUGAAAGACUAAAAGGAGAGCCGUUUGGUCGAAAAGAUAAGAGUAUAUCAGAAUGGAAAUAUUCCAGAGAGCCACCCUUUACUAUUGCUACUGCUCACUAUGUUACUGAAUCAUCAGCAUCAAGAGUAGUGACAAAACAACUCUCCAGUGAAAAAACUUUGGAUGGUUCAGAUAUCUUCACUUUAAUAGACUCUGCAAGAAAACCAACUGAGUUCAUAGGAGGGGUCACAACUACUUCACAUAGCUGGGCUCAGAGAACGGAAGGGAAGACUGAUCGGGAGGUAUGCUCUGAUGAAAAGAAGACAGAGGAGGAGGAGGAGGAGCAGCAACAGGAGACGGUGAUGAAGGUUGUGCAGGAAACUGUAUUGGUCGAGGAGAGAGAUGUGAUAAAUGUGCAUGCAAGUGGGGAUGCUGCUAAUUUGGCUGGCGCUCAGCUGGAUGCUACGGCACAGGCAAUGUCUCAUGUGGCACCUGGCACCCAAGGGAAGGAGGGCUGUGCUGUGACUGAGGGGGCUAAAGAGGAAAAAGGGCAGGAGACUGAGCAAGCCGUAACCAAACAGGAAGAAACUGGCACUGUUUCUCACGAUCAAGAGGAGGAGCAGAGUGCAGCAGCCCUAGUUUUGGAUGUACUGGAAAGGAAACCUCUUUUUGAGUCGCCGAUAGUGAAGACUGAAACAAUCAGUUUUGGAGGUGUUUCUUCAGCUGGGGAGAAAACUGAAAUUUCUAUAAAGGAAGUGCCCAUCGUCCAUACUGAAACAAAAACGAUUACAUAUGAGUCAUCUGAGGCAGACACUUCUGCUGAUUCAGAACCUGGGGUUCUGAUGAGUGCACAGACCAUCACAUCCGAAACUACCAGUACUACAACUACUACACACAUCACCAAAACAGUGAAAGGAGGCAUAUCAGAGACAAGAAUUGAAAAACGAAUAGUCAUCACAGGGGAUGCAGACAUUGAUCAUGAUCAGGCGCUGGCUCAGGCAAUUAAAGAGGCCAAAGAGCAGCACCCUGACAUGUCAGUGACCAAAGUAGUGGUACAUAAAGAGACAGAAAUCACACCAGAAGAUGGGGAGGAUUGACCACAGGAAUAAUGUAGCUUUCAUAUGAAUUCAGUCAUGUACGCCAUUGGGAAUAACAGAACCUACAUGGAGUCUUGGUUCUCCCCAGCAGGCUUACAUCUCUCCAGAGAAAAUUUCAAUGUGGAAGAACUGGUCUUGAUUGCUACUAAAGGCACUGGCAGAAAUAUUGUCCCAUUUACAGCAAUCUGAAUCAGCAUUAGUAAUCCAAUAUUGCAUGAAGCAACGAACAAAUUACAAAAAAGCAGCAUUUUAAUUUUCCAAAACUAAGUUUCCAUCUAUACCUGCACGUUCAUCACCAGUAUAAAACAGCGAUCUCAUGUUACACACAAAAACUGUUCAUGCCUUCACAGAUUAUUGGAAGUAUAAACAGAUCACAUUUUCUUAGGUGGCAAAACUUUUGUUUGGGGUAAAUGAAGAUUACCCUAAAAUGCUAAAAGCUGUAUAGGUACUGUGUAUAAUGUUUUAUCACCUUAGAUGUGCCAAUAACUCACUGUAUUCAGUAAACACUUUGAAUCAUAUACUUGUGUCAUCUGGUUUUAUUA